AUGGAUCCAAUACGAUUCUACGGUCUUGAUAUACCAAAUGAAAGCGAAGAUGAUGAUGUUGAACUAGCGGGGGAUGAUCCGGAUGAUCAAGACUAUGAACCCAGUGGGAAUUCUACGAGACGAAGAAACGUAAUUAUUUACCCCUCUGAUUCUGAUGAGGAUUCUUCAGAUGAAAGUGAGCAGGCCUCUGUUGAUCCAUUAGCUGCAGGUCCAUCGCGUUCGCAAACCAAACGAAAAAAUAUACCUGUCCGUUUAAACUGGCAAGACAAAUCUCUUAAUUAUAAUGAAACUGAUUGCGCCUUUUUGGGAGAUCAAAAUAUACCUCAAGAAAUUAAAGAUUUGGAUACGCCUCUUCAGUUCUUCUUAUAUUUAUUCACUCCAGACACGAUUGAAUAUAUAACUCAAGAAAUGUGUCGUUACUCGGAACAAACGCGAGGGUCAGCAUUAGGAAUGACAGGCAAAGAACUUGAAAAGUUUAUAGGUGUACUAAUAUAUAUGUCUAUCAUGCAUUUCCCUACUACUCGUCAUUACUGGAAUAGCUGUUCUAGCUUCACACCUAUAAGUAAUGCAAUGACUUGCAAUCGGUUUGAAGAACUAAAGAGGUUUCUUCAUUUUACUAACAAUGAGGACACUGUUCCUAUUAAUGAUCCCAAUUAUGACAAGCUGCAAAGAAUAAGGCCGCUUAUAAACAAAAUUCGCGAGAGAUUGUUGCUUUUACCUAGAGAAGAAUACUUGGCAAUUGACGAGCAAGUAAUACCAACAAAAGCAAGGACUUCUUUAAAAAACUACAACCCUAAAAAACCACACAAAUGGGGAUAUAAGGCUUUUGUUUUGAGUGGUGCGUCAGGGCUGACAUAUGAUUUUGAGCUCUAUGCAGGUGCACAGUCGAAUGUUGUUUUAGAAGGCCAAACUGACUUGGGAGUAAGCAGUAAUGUAGCCAUGCGCUUAUCAAGCUAUCAGUAUUCCACAAAACAUGAAUUAUAA